AUCAACACUAACUUUUGUAAUUUUGUAUCCUUUCACAGAAAAGUUCUUCCUCAUUGGAUGCAGAAAUGACACCUGAACAGAGAGAGAUGGGGAGGGAAGUGGCUCAAAACACCCCAAAGCGUCCACCCUCAGUUAAAUGUCCAAAAUGUGGCAAAGACGAGAGCCACUUGAAACGCCACAUGGCCCGGAGGCAUGGCUGGUCUGCGAAACAGUACAAAAAGUUUGUUCUAAUGAAAGCGCAAACAAAUAAGGACAAACGAAGAGUGGUGAAGUGCCCUGUCAAGGCGUGCAAUUGGCAAGGGCUGCGCCUUGACAGGCACUGCCAAUACCGACAUCCAACAUUGCCGCCAACUACUUAUAAACUGGCACUGGCAGUGGGCAAGAAGCCAACGUCACCAACCAAACCAAAAGCUUUCAAGAAAAAAAUGAUCGAAUCCUCCGACGAGGAAAAGAGUGAAAAAGAAAAGACACCAGCCACACCGACUAAAAGUCAGUCACCGACUAAAAUCAGACGAUUGUUGUCAUCGUCGUCAAACUCUGCGUCCGAUGAGGAGAGUGCCCAGGAGUCUAGCCAGGAAAGCGAUGAGUUGGACCGGACCUUCACAACUUCCGAUAGGUUUCAAGGCAUGCAGAAUACCUUUAUAGCAUACCUGAGGGGGUUUGAGCGUUGGAUUAAGACGCCAGAUGGGAAGUCGAAGACAAAGAAAGAGGCCGUACUCAACGUCCAAAGGAUGUAUGACAUGGCGCGAAUCGUAUCGAAAAAGACGCCAUCUCAUUUCAGCGUGGCAUAAGGUCUACAACAGCUUCUUUGCUCCAAACCUGGAGGAAGAGGGCUAACUCACCGCAUCCAGCCUGGUGACGUACUCCUUGUCACUGGAAGCCUUCCUUCAAUACGUGCUUUCCGUCCUUCAUAAGGACGUGACACCAUCAAUGAGACAAGACCUUAUGGCUACUAAGGAGGCCCAAAAAAACUGGCGGUCCAUCUUGCAAAAGCAAGUGAAGGUGAGGAAGGAGAAGAAGAAUUGGGAGAUAGAAGAGAAGCUACCAACCGUUCAAGAGAUCAGUGCCCUUCUUACCUCCGACCACGCGGAUAGCCUGAAAAGUGACCUCCCCCCCAAUUACAUUCAGGAUGUGGCCGUUGCUCGGAACAUCAGGGACUACCUGAUGUUUCGAGUAAACAUCGAGAACGGAACAAGAGCAGGAGUAAUCUCUGAGAUAACUGUUAAUGAGUUUGCCGCAGCCAGAAGUGGAGAUGAUGACGUCUUGCAGGUGCCAGUAUUUAAGCACAAAACUGCCACGCGUGGCCACGGGGCUAUGUUCUUGACAUUCACACAGGAGCUGUACAAGCUCAUAUCUCUAUAUGUGAGAAAAGCCAGGCCACUGCUGGCCACUUUAAACCAGGAACAUCUAUUCACGACUGACUGUGGCCAGAAGGUGUUGCAGCCUAAUAAAAAUCUAAAGGCUUUCGCCAGAAGAUGCGCAUUGCUGACCGACGGACAAGUGGACUUGCUUACGUCAACAAUGCUGCGCAAGGUUAGUUUCAAUUAGUAGCCCGCGUGGAUGCAGUAUUAUGUUAAAUACAUGGUUGUGGAGGAUAUAAAUUAGUUCUUUGACUAGGCAUUUUUUGGCAAGAUGCUGAACAUUGAUUGAUCUUACAUUUCUUUAGAAGGCAGCCAGUUGUACUUCCCGGCUAAUUCCUAAUUCGCUUGGUCGCUUGAUCAGUAAAUUACUGUAUUAUGGUAUUCAAGGUAGAACACUUGCAUGGAUUAAGUCAUGGCUCACCAAUAGAACACAAAGAGUCGUAGUGGACGGUGUUUCAUCGAAACCAGUAGACGUAACAUCAGGAGUGCCGCAAGGCACUGUACUUGGUCCAUUGAUGUUCCUCCUGUUUAUUAAUGACAUGCAGGAGAACUUGGAAUGCACUUUAAGGCUAUUUGCUGAUGAUGCCCUGCUGUACCACCAAAUUACACAUGACGAUGAUACCCUAGUCUUGCAGAGGGACUUGGACAGAGUGGGGCUAUGGGCCGAAAGAUGGCAAAUGGUUUUUAACCCUACCAAAUGUUACAAAAUGUCAGUCUACAGAAAUAAAUCACCAGUACUGAAAGAUUAUACUUUAUAUAAUCAGAAACUCUCAGGUGUUAAACAGCAUCCCUACCUGGGCGUUUUGCUGUCUGAUGAUUUACGGUGGAAUUUUCAAGUAAACAAGAUCGUAAACAAGGCUAACUCAACACUUGGAUUCAUAAAAAGGAACUUGUAUUCAUGUUCUGAGGUCACCAAGCGUGUAGCCUAUGUUACACUUGUAAGGUCACAUCUAGAAUAUGCAGCUGCUGUAUGGGACCCUUAUAGACAGGAUCAAGUGGACAAGAUUGAAGCAGUCCAGCGACGUGCGGUGAGAUUCAUAAAGCGGGAUUACGACUGGAACUCUAGUGUUACAAUAAUGAGACAAUCCCUUUCUUUGGAUCUGCUGAGUGAGAGGAGAAAGGCUCACCGUGUAACAAUGUUUUAUUUAUCAGUAAAUAAUGGCAUUGCAUUGCCGAUACCUAAUUAUUAUCAACGUUCAAUGCGUCAUACUCGAAGUUAUUCAAGUAAUACAUUUAUACAGCCUAAGGCACGUCACGAUUAUUAUUUAUAUAGUUUCUUUCCCAGAACAAUCAAAGAUUGGAACAAUUUAUCAAUUGAACUUAGAGAAGAAAAUAGUUAUUCAUCUUUUUGUAAUAACGUAAACAAGUUCAUCGCCUAAUUUUUAUUAUCAUGCUAUUUUUAUUGUUUAAGUAUUAUCUUAUUUUAUAAUUGAUUUUAAUUUUUAUUGUAUAUAGUAAGUCGACUGAAUUUAUGGAUUACCUAUUUAUUAUUAAUUUAUAUUUAGAUUUAUAUAUUUAGAUUUAUAUAUAUUUUGUCAUCUUUUCUUGAUACGAAAGUGUUGAAAAGUAAUAAAGUAGAAGUAGAAG